CGGGGGAGCGAGCGACGCAUCGGCGGGCGGAGACGUCGACGGCGACCAAACCCGCACAAUUUACUACUUUGGGCCUCGCCUCCCAUCUUUCCUCCCCACCAAUCCAUUCCCACCUUUCCCAUCUCCUCCUCUCUCUCCACCCACCCUCCCCCCGCGCUUGCUUUCCCUCCCAUCCAUUCCCCUUCCUUCCCCUCCCCGGACCCCGGCCCCGGCCCGAUGAACCUGUGGACGGACGACAACGCCUCCAUGAUGGAGGCCUUCAUGGCCUCCGCCGACAUGCCGGCCUUCCCCUGGGGCGCUGCGGCCACCCCGCCGCCGCCGGCCGCCGUGCCGCAGCAGCCGGCCUUCAACCAGGACACGCUGCAGCAGCGCCUGCAGGCCAUCAUCGAGGGCUCCAGGGAGACCUGGACCUACGCCAUCUUCUGGCAGUCCUCCACCGACGCCGGCGCCUCGCUCCUCGGCUGGGGCGACGGCUACUACAAGGGCUGCGACGACGCCGACAAGCGCCGCCAGCAGCCCACCCCGGCCUCCGCCGCCGAGCAGGAGCACCGCAAGCGCGUCCUCCGGGAGCUCAACUCGCUCAUAGCCGGGGGAGGCGCCGCCGCGCCCGACGAGGCCGUCGAGGAGGAGGUCACGGACACCGAGUGGUUCUUCCUCGUCUCCAUGACCCAGUCCUUCCCCAACGGGAUGGGCUUGCCGGGCCAGGCGCUCUUCGCCGGCCAGGCCACCUGGAUCGCCACGGGGCUCGCCAGCGCGCCCUGCGAGCGGGCCAGGCAGGCCUACACCUUCGGCCUCCGCACCAUGGUCUGCAUCCCCCUCGGCACCGGCGUGCUCGAGCUCGGCGCCACCGAGGUCAUCUUCCAGACCAACGAUAGCUUGGGGAGGAUCCGCUCGCUCUUCAACCUCAACGGCGGAGGAGGGGGCUCUGGAUCCUGGCCGCCCAUCGCGCCGCCGCCGCAGGAGGCGGAGACGGAUCCGUCCGUGCUCUGGCUCGCCGACGCGCCGGCCGGGGACAUGAAGGAGUCGCCGCCGUCCGUCGAGAUCUCCGUCUCCAAACCGCCGCCGCCACAACCGCCGCAGAUCCAUCACUUCGAGAACGGGAGCACCAGCACGCUCACGGAGAACCCCAGUCUCUCCGUGCACGCGCAGCAGCCUCCGCCCCAGCAGGCGGCUGCGGCGGCGCAGAGGCAGAACCAGCACCAGCAGCAGCUCCAGCAUCAGCACCAGCUCCAGCUCCAGCACCAGCACAACCAGGGUCCUUUCCGCCGGGAGCUCAAUUUCUCAGAUUUCGCGUCCAACGCAUCCGUCACGGUGACCCCGCCUUUCUUCAAGCCCGAGUCUGGUGAGAUCCUAAACUUUGGCGCUGACAGCACCAGCCGGAGGAACCCUUCGCCGGCGCCCCCCGCCGCGACGGCCAGCCUCACCACCGCGCCCGGGAGCCUAUUCUCCCAGCACACGGCGACUGUGACGGCCCCGUCAAACGACGCCAAGAACAACCCGAAGCGGUCCAUGGAGGCCACCUCCCGCGCGAGCAACACCAACCACCACCAGAACGCCACAGCCAACGAGGGGAUGCUGUCCUUCUCGUCGGCGCCGACGACGCGGCCGUCCACCGGCACGGGCGCGCCAGCCAAGUCGGAGUCCGACCACUCCGACCUGGAGGCGUCGGUCCGCGAGGUGGAGAGCAGCCGCGUGGUGCCUCCGCCGGAGGAGAAGCGGCCGCGCAAGCGCGGGCGCAAGCCGGCGAACGGGCGCGAGGAGCCCCUGAACCACGUGGAGGCGGAGCGGCAGCGGCGGGAGAAGCUGAACCAGCGGUUCUACGCCCUCCGCGCCGUGGUGCCCAACGUGUCCAAGAUGGACAAGGCCUCGCUGCUGGGCGACGCCAUCUCCUACAUCAACGAGCUCCGCGGCAAGAUGACGGCGCUGGAGUCGGACAAGGAGACGCUCCACUCCCAAAUCGAGGCGCUCAAGAAGGAGCGCGACGCCCGGCCGGCCGCGCCGUCGUCGGGGAUGCACGACAACGGGGCGCGGUGCCACGCGGUCGAGAUCGAGGCCAAGAUCCUGGGGCUGGAGGCGAUGAUCCGCGUGCAGUGCCACAAGCGCAACCACCCGGCGGCGAAGCUGAUGACGGCGCUGCGGGAGCUGGACCUGGACGUGUACCACGCCAGCGUGUCCGUGGUGAAGGACAUCAUGAUCCAGCAGGUGGCGGUGAAGAUGGCCACCCGGGUCUACUCCCAGGACCAGCUCAACGCGGCGCUCUACGGCCGCCUCGCCGAGCCGGGCACCGCGAUGCAAAUCCGGUAAUGACCGAAUGCCAUCCACCAGGUAGUAGCAAUGAAACCGUGAUCCUAUUACUCACCACCGUAUGAUCGGCGUCGUCGUCGUCGCCGUCGUUAUAGCCCGAUGGACAUCGAGAUGGAGAAAAGAAGGCGACGAUCGUUCCAUGUUGUUGUUGUAAAAUCUCUCUUUAGGAGGAUGGAUGGAUGGAUGGAUGCAUGUGUACAUCAUCAUCAUCUUGUUGUGUUUUUGCAAGUAGUGUGUUAGCAGAACGAAGCGCCGGAUCCAUCGUUGUUAAUUAUCUCAUGACCCCUGUGAUCGACGACGGUGUAUCGGCGUAGCGCUGUUGAACUGAAACUGUAUAUAGGACAAAGAUGGAUUGCCCGUCGCCGUUCUCCUCUAGUGUUGUUGCUGUUGUGUGUAUGCAUGCAUCGCUUCUCGUCUUGGCAGAGCGAGCAUGGAUGAUUGAUAUGGUAUGGCUUGCAAAAUGAAAUGGAUCGGGCGUUCUUUUUUA